AUGGUGGAGUAUUGGACUUUGGACAGGUUUGAAAUAGGCAGGCUGCUGGGCCGAGGAAAGUUUGGGCAGGUAUGGCUUGCAAGAGAGAAGGAAAAAGGAUUUAUAGUCGCCCUGAAAAUCAUUCCAAUUAAGGAGAUCCAGACUGUUGAGACUGCAAGACAGAUUCGGAGAGAAGUGGAAAUACAUUCCAACCUGAAACAUCCCAACAUUCUGAGGAUGUAUGGCCAUUUCCAUGACAAGGAUCAUAUAUAUUUGAUACUGGAAUAUGCAGGAAAGGGCGAGUUCUUUAAAUUCCUUAGCGAAAAAGGAGGUAGAUUCGGGGAAAAGGAAGCCUCUUUAUACAUAAGACAAGUGAUACUUGCGUUGAUUUAUAUGAAAGAGUGUAAUGUUAUACACAGAGAUAUAAAGCCGGAAAACCUACUGCUUGGGUCCGACAAUCAACUAAAAAUAGCAGACUUUGGAUGGGCUGUUUACAAUGCAGACAAGAGACGAAUGACAUUUUGCGGCACAAUGGAAUACCUUGCACCAGAGAUGGUCAACAACGACAUACAUGACUCUGGUAUUGAUCUGUGGUGCCUGGGGAUCCUGACAUACGAAUUUCUUAUAGGAAAAACCCCGUUUGAAAGUAAGAACAGGAACAUGAGAGAAGCUUAUAAAAGAAUCAAUUCAUUGAAAUAUUCAAUUCCAGAAACAAUCAGUUCCAAUGCCUCCGACUUCAUUUCUAAACUUCUUGUAUUGAAUUCUAACGAUAGAAUGGAACUUACGGAAGCCUUGAAUCACCCAUUUAUUGUAAAGCACUAUGGAAGAUCUAAUGAUUAA